AUGAACUACGAAAACUAUGAUCCUUCUUUCCCUGACCAACCUGUUGUCGAUCUCUAUCUCCCAGUUUGGGCUAACCUACCAGCCUUCCGGUCCAAGCCAGCUUUCAUUUGGGCGGAUGAUGACUCCACCAGUGAAAGCCAGGGUUCACUCACACUCACCUAUGCUCAACUCAAUGACUCAGUGCAGACUAUUUCUUCUCAAUUAUUACUUCCAUUACAAAGAGGUGACACUGUUGUUGUUUUGUGCCCACCGGGGCUUCUGCUGGUUGAAAUCAUCUUUGGUUGCCAAAGAGCUGGCCUUUUGAGCAUACCAAUGUAUCCGCCUCACCCUUCUUUUGCUAAUGAAAACUAUCACCAUCUUGUUAGAGUUUUGUCACAGACAAAGCCUAAAGCUUUAGUAGCUCACCCUGACUACAUUGCAAGUGUUAGAGAAUACAUUUCUUCGUCCUCUAGCAAUAAAAAUCUUGCAGUUCUGUUGCAAAACAUAAGGUGGAUUUCUACCGAUGAUAUCACAGAUAAGAGGGUUGAUUCGAAUAUGGGCUCCUUGCUGUAUAGUGGGUGCAAACCACAUGAAGUGUAUUUGAUUCAGUACACUUCAGGCUCAACUGGGAUUCCGAAGCCGGUGCUUGUGACAGCUGGUUCUGCUGCUCACAAUGUUAGAACAGCGAGAAAAGCUUAUGAUCUUCACCCAAAUAGUGUUGUUGUCUCUUGGUUGCCUCAGUACCAUGAUUGUGGCCUCAUGUUUCUGUUACUGACGAUUGUAUCUGGUGCAACAUGUGUGCUAACGUCACCUAACGCAUUUCUUAGGCGGCCAAGACUGUGGCUCGAGCUUAUUACAAAGUUCAGAGCUACUUGCACUCCUGUUCCAUCAUUUACAUUGCCACUAGUUGUGAAGCGAGGUGGGGUUGAUAAAGGUACUUUACCCAUAAACCUAUGGAGUAUGAAAAACCUGAUUAUCAUUAAUGAGCCUAUUUACAAGAAAUCGGCGGAAGAAUUCGUUGAGUCAUUCAAAGACUUUGGAUUUAACCCAUCGUCUAUCUCUCCAUCUUACGGCUUAGCAGAAAACUGCACUUUUGUUUCAACAGCCUGGAGAAGCAUUAACAACUCUGAUAAUACUUUCCAAAACCUUCCAUCUCACAAAAAGCUCUUACCAAGUGCAAGGCUUGCUUCCAGCUACGAAGAAGAUGAGGACACAACAAUUGUAGUGGCAAAUGAAAAUACACAUGAGCCUGUUGAAGAUGGAAUUGAGGGUGAGAUCUGGGUUUCAUCUCCGAGCAAUGCCUCCGGUUAUCUUGGUCACCCUUUCUUAACUAGCGAAAUAUUUCAAGCCAGGUUUAGUAACAUUGCGAGCAAGUGUUUUGUCCGUACUGGAGAUAAAGGAAUCGUUAAGGGAGAAGAGAGAUUCCUCUUUGUGACAGGCCGAUGCUCAGAUGUCAUAAAGCUUGCAAACAAUGAAGAAAUACACCCUCAUUACAUAGAGACAGCCGCUUAUAAUGCAUGUCCAAAGUACCUAAGAGGAGGGUGCCUUGCUGCAUUCAAGAUUUCAAGAACGAUUGCUGUCAUUGCUGAGAUGCAGAGAAGUGAAAAAGAUAAUAGGGUGUUGAGAAUGAUCUGUGAAAAGAUGAAGCUGAGUAUUUUGAAGGAAGAGGGAAUUGAAGUAGGGUUAGUAUUUCUAGUAAAAAGUGGAGACGUUCCAAAAACUACUUCAGGUAAAAUUAAAAGAUGGGCGGCUAAGGACAAGCUUGUAGAAGGUAAUAUGAGUAUAGCAAUGGAGAUGGGAUUGGACAACAAUAACAGUGUGUUAUCCAUAACUCAUGCAAGUCAGAGGAAAGGAAGAGUAAUAGACGAAGAUGAAGAUAAAAAAGAUAUUUUUGUUUCCAUCGCAAACUCUCAAACUCGUCCCUCCUUGCUCUCCCUAUUGUGAAGAUAUAUGUUGCUUUUUGGGGUCGUGUCAGUGAGUUGUUGUAGAAUAGUUCUCUUCGUGUAUAAGUUCGUUGGGAUUUGCUCUGCUUGAAAUAUUAUAG